AGGCAUAAAAUGCUUUUUCCUGCAACCUGUUUUUUCUUUUCCCUUCCAUUUCCAAUUUAAUGGCCAUAAGGCCCUUUCAAUUCAACUUCUCGCGCGAUAGAUUGGUCUUUCUCUUCCGCAUUUCUCAAUCUCAUUCAUUUCCUUCUUCUUUUCCCUCAAAAUUCCCCAAAACUUUUUCCCCAAACUUUUUCUUCCGCCACAUCGCUGCGUCCGCGCCAGCUCCGCUCGCAAGCCCUCCGCCGCCGCAGUCACACGACUUCCGCCGCCGCGCGCCGCAGAUUCCAGCCGACACCAUGGCGCAAAAGAUUGGAAAAUCCACUCGCCGCCCUGGCGCGUCCUCCAAGGCGAGGGUUUAUGCCGAUGUCAACGUCGUUCGCCCCAAAGAAUAUUGGGACUACGAGUCCCUCACCGUCCAGUGGGGGGAGCAAGAUGAUUAUGAGGUUGUGAGGAAGGUGGGUAGGGGGAAAUAUAGUGAGGUGUUUGAAGGUGUUCACUGCACGGAUAAUGAAAAAUGUAUCAUCAAAAUCCUGAAACCCGUGAAGAAGAAAAAGAUCAAGAGGGAAAUCAAAAUACUACAGAAUCUUUGUGGAGGGCCCAAUAUUGUAAAGCUGCUUGACAUUGUUAGAGACCAGCAGUCGAAGACCCCAAGUCUUAUAUUUGAAUAUGUCAAUAACACUGAUUUUAAAGUGCUUUACCCUACAUUGUCAGACUAUGAUAUACGAUAUUAUAUCUAUGAACUUUUAAAGGCACUGGAUUAUUGCCAUUCACAAGGAAUCAUGCAUCGGGAUGUAAAGCCACAUAAUGUAAUGAUUGACCAUGAGCAGCGUAAGCUUCGCCUUAUAGAUUGGGGGCUUGCAGAGUUCUAUCAUCCUGGGAAAGAAUAUAAUGUUCGUGUUGCUUCAAGAUAUUUCAAAGGUCCUGAACUUCUUGUUGAUCUUCAAGAUUACGAUUACUCUCUAGAUUUAUGGAGUCUUGGUUGUAUGUUUGCUGGCAUGAUAUUCCGUAAGGAGCCAUUCUUUUAUGGACAUGAUAACUACGAUCAACUGGUCAAAAUUGCUAAGGUACUUGGGACAGAUGAGUUAAGUUCAUAUUUGAAUAAGUAUCGCAUAGAGUUGGAUCCGCAUCUUGCAGCACUUAUUGGAAGGCAUAGCCGGAAACCAUGGGCAAAGUUCAUUAAUGUAGAAAAUCAACACUUGGCCGUUCCUGAGGCUGUUGACUUUGUUGACAAGUUACUCCGAUAUGAUCACCAAGAACGUCCCACUGCAAAGGAAGCCAUGGCCCACCCGUACUUCAAUCCAAUUAGAAAUGCAGAAAGUAGUAGAACUCGAACACAUUGAGUUGGUGAUGCUUAGAUAUGGUGCUUGCUUUCUCGGGGACCUUCUUCUAAACUUCUGAACUUCUAUUUCUGAUGGAACUUGCUUUUGGGAGAUUCUGCCCCUAUUCAGUUGUAAAACUCAGUUUCAUUAGUUCUUACCCUACUUGGGCUUUUGUUUCUGUUUUUUUUUGGGUGGAAAAUUCAGGUUUCAAUAAUUUCAUUUGAUUGUGUGCUCCAAAUUUGGGAAUGGAUUCUUGAUUCAAUUUCAG